AUGCAACGAUUACUCGAGAAGAUUUGGAAGACUGCGUGCCAAACAAACACUGCUCCGCGAUAUCAAUGCUUACGGGCAAUUCAUGUUUCAGAAUUUGUGGCAGACAUAAUUGUGCCACUUGGAAUCCAUAUAGUUUCUAGUGUUGGAAAUUUGGAUAAAGUUUGUAUCGCUCCCCGCCCCCCCCCCCAUAAUAUGCUUCCUUUAGUUGGAAAGAAGAUAUUGAUGAGGAUGGUCCUUCUCCCAGUCAAGGCCCAUCAUGGUUCAGAAAACACUCUGGAAGGCACUGGAAUGGAAAUCAAAGAUCAAAACAUCAGUUUAGAAAACUUUCAACUCUACUUGAGUUGGAUUGCUGCAAAGAAGAUUUCAGAUACUGGAUUCAUACAUUUCAAUGCUCUCUUCGUUGAAUGCAAAGGAGGAGAUCAUGAAUUUUGCAAACGUGAUUUUGAUGUUGAAACUGUUAUCUGCACUGCCUUUGGUGGCGAUCAAUCUUUCUAUUGGUCCUUUAUAAAUGAGGAAAAUCCACAGUGGAAAAGGUCAGGGGUUUUUUCUAGUUACAGAAAAUCCUGGAAGGGGAGACAUCGGAGUGAAAAUGAGUAUGGCAAAUCAACUGAGGAAGAGUCAGAUUGUUCAUAUUCAGAUUCAGUUUCACAUAGAUUAGCCCUUGGAUUGAGUGAUUCUGGUCCUCUGUGUUAG